AUGACCUCCAAACACAUCACCAAACCUCUACCGAGGCUCGCGACACUGACACAACGGUACCGCUCUCUCUCCAGACCUUCUGUGUCACCAGUGCAAACAUUCCUCUCACAACGAAGAGCCGUGACUCGAGCCACGAGACCCCUCUUUGUUGCCGGUCAGAGACGUUCUAUAUCUGCGAGCCUACAGCGUCGGUAUGCCGAUGUCGACGAAAGCUUCGAUCCUGCCACAGUCGAUCGAGAAUCCGACCAAGUCGACGUGUGUAUCGUGGGUGCCGGCCCAGCGGGAUUGAGCGCUGCCAUACGGUUAAAACAGCUGGGCAAUGAAGCCGGGAAUGAAGAGUUUAGGGUGGUGGUUCUGGAAAAGGCCGGCGAGGUUGGAGCACAUAUUCUGUCUGGAAACGUGCUUGAACCUCGGGCUAUCGAUGAAUUGAUCCCGGAUUGGCUGGCAGAGGACAAUGAGAACCGAUUCGCGGGUGCAACACCUGCAGGAGGUGAUAAGAUGCGUUUCUUGACCCAGUCGAGCGCCAUACCCAUUCCUGCUCCUCCUCAGAUGCACAACAAGGGCAACUACAUCAUAAGUCUGAGUCAAUUCACCAAGUGGCUCGGCGAAAGAGCGGAGGAAUUGGGCGUGGAGAUCUAUGCUGGCUUUGCGGGGGCAGAGAUCUUAUACAACCACGAAGGAGCUGUGAAGGGCGUCGCCACCAAUGACCAGGGAGUGGGAAGAGAUGGCAAGGCCAGGUCGAAUUUUGAACGAGGCAUGGAGUUUCAUGCGCGAUUGACGUUACUGGCUGAAGGGUGCCAUGGCAGCUUGACCAAGAGAGUCGCGAAAAAGUUCGAUCUAAGGAGAGAUUGUCAACCCCAAACCUACGGCCUGGGUCUGAAGGAAGUCUGGGAAAUCCCGCCCGGAAAAUUCAGGAAAGGUGAAAUAUCACACACCAUGGGCUAUCCUUUAUCCAAAGAUACCUAUGGUGGUGGCUGGAUGUACCACUUCGGUGACAACCUGGUGAGCUUGGGCCUUGUUGUCGGGCUCGAUUACUCCAACCCCUGGAUCUCUCCCUACGGCGAAUUCCAGCGCAUGAAGCUGCAUCCAUUCUACAAAUCCGUGCUGGAAGGCGGCAAGUGCAUUGCCUACGGAGCCCGUGCCUUGAACGAAGGGGGUUUCCAGUCUAUACCCAAAUGCUCGUUUCCGGGCGGCGCCCUGAUCGGCGACACGGCAGGAUUCCUCAACGUGCCUAAGAUCAAAGGAACACACACGUCCAUGAAGUCUGGCAUGCUUGCUGCGGAAGCUGCGUACGCGGCACUCAACAGCAACAAUGAGUCAAGCACGAUUUUCUUGUACAAAUACGAGGAUUCGCUGCGUGAAAGCUGGAUAUGGCCCGAACUCAAAGCAGUGCGGAACAUGCGACCGUCAUUCCACAACCCACUCGGCAUCUACGGUGGCAUCAUGUACUCGGGCCUUGAGGCAUUCAUCUUCCGCGGCAAGAUGCCUUGGACACUCAAGCACAAACAGCCAGAUUACGCAGCGACGAAAUCGGCAGACCAGUGCCCUAAGAUCGAAUACCCCAAGCCUGAUGGUGAGAUUACCUUUGAUAUCUUGACGAGCGUCUCACGAACAGGGACGAAUCAUGAGGAAGACCAGCCUGUGCAUUUGCAGGUCAAGGAUUGGGAUGCACAUGCACAGAAGGAAUGGCCGAAGUUCAAGGGCGUGGAAAAUCGGUUUUGCCCUGCUGGGGUGUAUGAGUAUGUGGAGGAUGAGACAAAGGAGAUUGGUGUGCGGUUUCAGAUUAAUUCUCAGAAUUGCAUUCACUGUAAGACAUGCGAUAUCAAGGUCCCAGAUCAGGACAUCAAUUGGCAGACUCCCCAAGGUGGUGAGGGACCGGGUUAUAGCAUCACGUGA